AUGAGCAAAAAAUCUGUUAAAUUGUUUUACGAUGUCGUGUCGCCUUAUUCCUGGAUCGCUUUUGAAACACUGUGCAGGUACAGGCAGAAGUGGAGCAUUGAUUUGAUAUUUAAACCAUUCUUUCUGGGAGCUAUUAUGAAAGAGUCUGGUAACUCACCACCGAUGUUUGUGAAGAACAAAGCACUGUACAUGUACCAGGAUCUACAGAGACUUUCAAAAUUCUAUGAAAUCCCACUGAAGACUCCAUAUGAUUUGAAGAAAGUGAUGAUUGAGCAAGGUACCUUAAGGGCCCAACAACUGGUAACAGCUGUUCAGUUGCAUCAAUCUGAUCUGGUUGAGGCAAUUUCGAGAGAGUUGUGGUUAAGAAUCUGGAGUAAGAGGGAAGAUAUAUACGAGAAGGCCAGCCUGAAAGAGGCUUUGUUAAAAGUAGGCCUCAAUGAAUCAACAUCGGAUGAACUUUUGAACUUUGCUGAAACCAGAGAGGUCAAGGAUAAGUUAAGGUCAACCACUAAGGAAGCAUUAGAUCUCAAGGCGUUUGGUUCUCCGAUGAUUUUAGUGAAUGACGAAAAUGGGGCCGAACAUUUCUUAUUUGGAAGUGAUAGGAUGGAAUUGCUAGCAAGUAUAAUUGGUUAG